CGCCUUAUCUCAAGGCGACGUAGUCCACUCCGCGCGCAUUCCCCUUGGCCGCCGCGCAGGCAUCUAUGAUGCCGAGAUGUGGGCGCUCGCAGCAGGCGCUGCUCGCACGCGCGACCUCCCCAGCCAACACUCUCACCUCAGAACAAUUAUCUUCUUUACUGACAACCAGUCCGCCGUACGUACCAUUACCGACACUUCUGCUCAUCCCGCACAGGCUGCAUCCAUUAUCUUCCGAAAACACAUAGACUACAUCCUCGGCAGCCUACCUGACGCACGGGUCGAGAUUGUCUGGGUACCCGGGCAUCAGGGCAUCGCGGGCAAUGAACGGGCCGAC